UUCAAUAAAAGUCUUCGUAAGAAAAAUAAAAUAAGUGAGGAGAUGUUCUUCAUAAUAAUUCUUGGAUUCGUGUUAGUGUUAAUAUACUUAUACAUCACCCAAAAUUUCGAUUAUUGGAAGAAAAGAGGAAUCAGUUAUUUGGAGCCAUGUUUCCCAUUUGGAAACAUCUUUCCAUUGGUCAUCUUCAAAAAAUCUUACACGGAUUUAAUGGCUCAAUUCUACAAUUCCUCCAAUGAACCCGUCGUCGGCUAUUGGAUCUUCAACAUCCCAUUUUUGAUGAUCAGAAGCCCUGAAUUGAUCAAAAAUAUAUUUGUCAGAGAUUUUCAUCACUUCAACGAACGCGUUUCAUCCGUUAUCAAUAUAGACCCCUUCAUCAAAAAAACUCUAUUUUCUUUGAAUUACCACGACUGGAAGAUUCUGCGAUCAAAACUCUCACCUUCAUUCACAACUUCGAAGUUGAAGAACGUCAUGCACAUCUUCAAUCAAUCUUCUAACGAAAUGAUCGAAUAUUUGGAUGAAGUUUCCGGAGAAUCUGUGGAUUGCAAACUGAUUUCCAGUCAAUUAACGGCGAACGUUUUCGCAGGAAGCGUUUUUGGUUAUAAAAUAAAUUGCUUCAAAGAUGUUGAUAACGAGUUUUUCGUUUAUUCGCAGCAACUUUUGGCACCGACGUUAGCAAAUUUCGUUAGACUUGCUGGCUUUUUCGUUAUGCCUGAAAUUGCGACUUUCCUUAAAAUCAAUUUGUUCAGGAAGGGCGAUUUGGACUUUUACAGACAUCAUUUUUGGAAGGCUGUGAAUGCACGUGAAGAGUCUGGUUUGAAGAAUAACGAUUUAAUUGAUUGUUACGUCCAAUUGAAGAAUGAAGGAGAUUUAGGCGAUGGUUUUACUUUUGAUGAAGACAGCCUCUCGGCUCAAGCCAUACAAUUCUUCUUAUCUGGUUACGAAACUACAAGCUCUUUGAUUUCAUUCGCUCUCUACGAAUUAGCCAUGAAUGAAGAUAUCCAAGAAAACUUACGGCACGAAAUCGUCGAUGGUUUAGCUGCUGAAGAAGAUGGUAAAUUUAGUUACGAGAAUAUCAUGGAACUAAGCUACUUGAAUAAAGUCAUAUCAGAAUCUUUGAGGAAAUAUCCGACACUUCCUCUCAUAGACAGACAAUGCGUAAAGGAUUAUCAAAUACCAGGAACCAAAAUUAUUAUUGAAGAAGGCACCAGAUGCCAAUUUUCCCCUCUCGGAUUACAUUAUGAUCCUGAAUUCUUUCCAAAUCCGGACAUUUUCGAUCCUGAAAGAUUUUCAACUGAAAACGUAAAAACUCGUCCUUCCUACGUUUACAUGCCUUUUGGACAUGGGCCUCAUAAUUGCAUAGGAAAACUAUUUGGUUUGUUGAUCGCAAAAAAUAGCAUCGUCCAAAUCCUAACGAAUUUCCAGAUUUUACCCACUGAAUGCACACCGAAACGUAUUGAAAUUGACAACAAAAUGUUUCUGUUUAAACCUAAGGAUGUUUUCUUAAAAUUUGUAAAAUUGUAAUUAUCCUAGAAGGUUUCUUUCAA